AUGACACCCUCACCGCCAUCCCCCGACACCUUCGUCCGCGACGUGACCGACCGGCUCCGCGCCGAUGGAUGGCGCGGCUCUCGAGCCACGCAGGAGCUGCCGCACUACGACUACGAUGACGAGGGCGAGCUGGAGUCGCUGGCCUGCCACAGCACAGUGCGCGGUUUCCACCUCGGCACGGGAGCGUCCAUCUACACGCGCAAGAUCCUGCCCGCCAUCCUGUCUGCGCGCCACGAGGUGAUCCUCGUCACUUGCUUCUGGGCCCAGUCCGACACGCUGGCAGCGCUGCGCGACACUCUGCUCCAGCUCGCCGCCCGUCGCCGACGGUCGACGACAGAUCUGCCUCGUCUGAGGAUCCGCGUCUGCUUUUCCUCGCGGAGCUUCUUCCAGCGGCUGUUUCACACCUGGUCGCCGGACGGUUACGUCUACCCUCCGGAAAGCUGGCCCGCGACUCUCGGGCUCCCUGCGCACGACGUCCUCCAGGCCGCUGGUAUUGAUCUGACCGUCAAGAGUCUCUUCUUCUUCCCCGUCAGCGUGAUGCAUCCCAAGUUUGUCAUUGUAGACAGGCAGCGGGCGUUCGUCCCCAGCUGCAACGUGAGCUGGGAACCAUGGCUGGAGGGCUGCAUCGAACUGUCGGGGGCGAAUGCCAUCACUGGGCUCUUGGAAUUCUACUCGAGGACGUGGGACAGGACAGCAGACCCGACACAAGGCUCAGCGGGAACCCUGCCUGGUGACGCUGGAGCGGACAGCGUGAGCAAGAAUUCCGACACAGAUGAUGAUGAUGAAGGGGGCAACCAAGGCGAACUUCCAGAUGAGUCGACAGAUGAGUCGACGGUGCGCGCCAUCGAGAGCACAGUCGACACGUCUAUCCUCCUGCAGAAAGCCGGAGUGACAACGAUGAUCAUCCCAUCUUCACACCAUCAGAACCCGCAGUUCCACCCUUUCCCAUGGCAGUCCCACCCCAUCCCGCCGCCCACGCCGCUCAACAUCGCCAGCCUCGAGCUGUUCUCCUCGGCCCGCCACAGCAUCUACGUCCAGACGCCCAACCUGACCAGCGAGGCGGUCGUCGCCAGCCUCCUGCGCGCCCUGCAGCGCCGCGUGAGCGUGACGGUCGUCACGGGCCGCAGCAUGAUGUGGCUUGAGCAGCUGGUCACCGCCGGGACGACGACACCGCGGUGCGUCGGCGGCUUCGUCAGGCGCUACAUGGCCCUGCCCGGCGCGGCGAGGGCCGUCGAGGGCGAGAGCGACGCCGGCUGCGGGCGCCUGGCGAUCUACUACUACCGGCCGCUCCUGGCCGCGGCCAAGAGCCGCCGGGCGUCGUCGGACGUCGAGCAGGGCCGCCGGGCAGAGGAGCCUGUGCAGUCGCAUCUCAAGCUCACGGUUGUAGACGACGAGUUCGCGCUCCUCGGGUCCGGGAACAUGGACCGCGCGAGCUGGUUCACCAGCCAGGAGCUAGGGAUCCUGCUGCACGACGCUGCUGUCGCGCGGCCCAUCAAGCAGGCCGUGGACAGGGUGCUGGAGGGGAGGCUCGACGUCGUGUUUGACUCUUUGCAUAGCUAG